UACUAUGGUAUUUAAUAGUGUACAGAACGUCUCUUGAUCCUUUUUAAAAUGUCCAUCUGUUUGAUUGAAACAACAUAAACUAAAACAUGAUCGAGGUCGUGGCAAAGCUGAGGCGAGGUUCGGUUUACUUUGCUGGGGAAACUAUUCAUUGCUCGUUAACGUUCACUAAUGUACCGGACACGGAACCAGGAAAUAACACAGAAAGCGAAACAAUCGCAUGGGCAAGUGUUCAACUUCAUUGCUUCUGUAGCAUAAGUGAAGCAAGAGUAGUGUUGCCACCUGCACUCAUGAAGAAUAUGUUGGCAAAGCGGAAAGAUGUGGGUCCAUCUACCUCAUUUGUUCCAUACAAAGAUGAACAAGGACAUUGUGUUUUACAAACUCCUGUCAAAAUUUUAUUCUGUGAUUUGAAACUUGCUCCUGGAGAAAGUAAAGUAUUUAAAUUUCAAGAAGCCAUUCCUAGUGACACACCGCCCACAUAUAGAGGCCCUUCAUGUAAAUACUCAUAUAAACUGACAGUUGGCACGCAGAGGGUUGGGGCUCCGAUAAAACUGCUACGAAUUCCUGUUCGUGUAUUAGUUGUGUAUGGUUUAACUGAAUAUCAAAUAAAUGAAGAUCAAAUUCCCAGCAACCCAUUUAUUGAAGAAAAGAAAACAAAGGGUCAGCUCCUUGAUAUUGCAACCGAUGUAUUAAGUACCAUCACUUCACGACGAUCCUACAAAAACUACAAGAUAGCAAACAGCAAUGGACUUAUGGGUGUCUUCUCGUUAAUGAAAACUUCUGCAAAGAUUGGAGAAGAUAUUGUUGGGGUGUUCAACUUUGCUGAUGGUACUGUACCAUGUUUACAGUACAUGGUCUGUCUACAAAGUGAAGAAAUAUUGGCAGAGGAAUGCCAGCAUUCGCCAAGUCAGGGGAAUGCAAUUAUAUCUUACGCAAAACACAUUGAGUUCUGUUUAUUUGCGAACCAAACUCAUGUAAUACUUCCAAUUCCAUUACAUGUCACACCUAACUUUCUAACUGAACUUGUGUGUCUAAAAUGGAGGCUUCAUUUUGAAUUUGUCACUGCCACGUCACCCUUAAAGGGCUUAGAUCUAGAAACAGGACAGCAGCGUGACCGAAUGUGGCAAGGACCUGGGAAGAUAAAAACAGAAGUAACAUCAUGGGACAUCCCUGUACAAGUCUUACCCACCAUGCCAACCCAAGCGGAGAAUGUGGCGGCGUCACAUACUUUGCCCUUGUUACGGUUUUAGGUCAAAUAAAGUUAUUCUACUUUUGUGCAAUCCAAUGACGUAGGCAACGCCACAUAUUCGCAUGCACUAAGAAGUGUUUCUUACGGUAUCAAAAAAGGAAAUUCUCUAUUUUCUGAUUUUUGUCACGAAAUAAAUCUCUUUAUGGAUCAUUUA